AUGCGUAGCGAAGGCGGCUACUUUUCUUCAAGUGACAUUUUUGAGGCCGCAGACACAAAUGUUAGCAAUAAUGUCAUGAUAACUGGCGGAUAUGUAUUUUCUCGGAAGCGAGUCACAAUUGAGCUUGAUGUCGUUAAGAUGCAUCUUAUAACUGGGGGCACAAUUCUGUGCACGAUGCAUCUUCUUUUGCAAACGACAGUGACACUAGAAGAUGGGGUAGCACUGAACGAUAACAGCUUUGACGUAAUCGAUGAAACGGAUUCAGUAUGGGGUGAGUGGAUCAAAGCUAUGAAAAUGCGUAGAAGAAACGCACGUCCGCCCCCAAAUGCACGUCCUGGGUGGGAUCAGAACAGUUACAAGAACCUGAAAUCAAGGAGAUGGCAAGGGUCCAGGACAGGUAGAAAAAAUAACAAUUUGUUCACGAUGCGUUCAGGUGGCUCGUUCCCCUCAAGAAGACUCGAUGACCGGCUAAUUGGCGUAAGAGGACCUGUCAGGCUACAUCAUCGACCUCCAGUUUCACGCAGUAAAUAUCCUGACAAGAAAAACGAAUAA